AUCUCCCACGGAUGCUCACUGGCAGGAGGUUGGGGCCAGGUUCACAGGCACUCCCCAGAAACCCCUCCACUGGCCAGAGGCUGCAAACAUCCGGAGUGGCUCUGGGCGCAGCGGCCACGCUAGGUCCUUCUGAACGCCCCCUCGGCGCGCAGCCUGGUCCGGUCUCCUUACCAGAGAUGGAUUCACCUGUGAACCUCACCUACUCUUCCCUCUCCACACCCGCCCCUUUGGAGUCCAACCGCAGCCUCGGCACAGAAGACCCGCGCCCCAGCCCUCCCCUCCUCUCCGUCUUCGGCGUGCUCAUUCUGACCUUGCUGGGCUUUCUGGUAGCAGCGACGUUCGCCUGGAACCUGCUGGUGCUGGCGACCAUUCUCCGUGUGCGCACCUUCCACCGCGUUCCGCACAACCUGGUGGCGUCCAUGGCCAUCUCGGACGUGCUGGUGGCCGCUCUGGUCAUGCCACUGAGCCUGGUGCAUGAGCUGUCGGGGCGCCGCUGGCAGCUGGGCCGGCGGCUGUGCCAACUGUGGAUCGCCUGCGACGUGCUCUGCUGCACGGCCAGCAUCUGGAACGUGACGGCCAUCGCGCUGGACCGCUACUGGUCCAUCACCCGCCACCUGGAAUACACGCUGCACACCCGCAAGCGCGUCUCCAACGCGAUGAUCGCGCUCACCUGGGCUCUCUCCGCGGUCAUCUCUCUAACCCCGCUGCUCUUCGGCUGGGGGGAGACCUAUUCUGAGGGCAGCGAGGAGUGCCAGGUGAGCCGCGAGCCCUCCUACACAGUGUUCUCCACCGUGGGCGCCUUCUACCUGCCACUCUGCGUGGUGCUCUUCGUGUACUGGAAGAUCUACAAGGCCGCCAAGUUCCGCGUGGGCUCCAGGAAGACCAACAGCGUCUCACCCUUAUCCGAAGCUGUGGAGGUGAAGCCCUCUGAUCAGCAGCCCCAGAUGGUCUUCACCGUCCGCCAUGCCACUGUCACCUUCCAGACGGAAGGGGACACAUGGAGGGAACAGAAAGAGCAGAAAGCCGCCCUAAUGGUGGGCAUCCUCAUUGGCGUGUUUGUGCUCUGCUGGAUCCCCUUCUUUACCACGGAACUCAUCAGCCCCCUCUUCUCUUGCGACAUCCCCGCCAUCUGGAAGAGCAUCUUCCUCUGGCUUGGCUACUCCAACUCCUUCUUCAACCCCCUGAUCUAUACAGCUUUCAACAAGAACUACAACAGCGCCUUCAAGAACUUCUUUUCUAGGCAACACUGAGCACAAGGCCCGGGAUAAGAAGGAGUUAUUCCUAUAACUCAGUGGAGUUUCCAAUUUAAUCUGUUCCCCAUCCCCACCCAGCAGCCACGUGGGAGAGACAAACCCUUAAAGUUAUCCAGGGUCUUCUGCAGAACUAACUAGCCUCACUCCUAGGUAGGAAUGUGAGUCCACAGGCAGUUUUGGUGACCUCAUUUAUCUACUAUUCCUCACUCUGCACCUAACAGCCACGGAUUUUGCCUACAUAGUGCCCUUUCCUCUCCAAAAUGCACUCUAACACGGUUAUCAUCCUUGUCCCAGAGAAGUCAACAGGCAGAUGAGAGAGAGGAGAAGACCAACAUGGGCAGGUUGAGAAUGGAUAGAAAAGAAUGAAUAGGAACUCAUAAAGGAUCAUCCAGGGGUAGGAAACCAUCAUUCCAGGUUUCCUGGGAUAAUCCCUGUUUAAAAUAUUCCAUUCUUUGGUCCUGGUAAGUACACCCUAAUAGUAUUUGGCCACAAAAUAUUGUCUCCAAACAUAUUAAAGUACGUAGCCACAUCUGCAACAUCAGUGAAUAUUGGCUUUCUGGUUUUAUUUAUGGCAAACACACACACGGAACUAUAGAGGAGGCAAAUGUUCCCAUUGGCUGGUUGAUUCUCAAAUGCAACCCAUCAGCUUGGAAACAGGAACUAAAAGUCAAAUCAAAUAACUCCUUCCUUUUUUUUUUUUUUUUUUGUGAGGAAGCUUGGCCGUGAGCUACCAUCCAUUGCCAAUCUUCCUCUUUUUGCUGAGGAAGAGUGGCCCUGAGCUAACAUCUGUGCCCAUCUUCCUCUAUUUUUGCAUAUGGGAUGCCGCCAGAGCAUGGCUUGAUGAGUGGUGCGGCGGUCCGUGCCCGGAUCCGAACCUGUGGACCCCAGGCCACUGAAGCAGAGCACGAGAACUUAACUGUUAUGCCACUGGGCUGGCCCCCCUCCUUCCAUUUUGAAGCAACUGUUCACAAACGAUAGAAAAAUUUACUAGUUUUGUGGAAUCUGUCCAACUUGCUUAUUUGCUGUGAGUUUCAUUUGUAUGGAAUUUAUUCAAAUAUUGUUGGACAAGGACCUUUAUCCUUGAAUCAUGAAAUUGGAGUAAAACAAUUGUCAUGAAGUUGGUGACUUCUUAAAUAUAGUUUCAUAACCAAGGACUAUGAAGGCACAUUCACCGAACACAUGCACUUUUAGGAGAUCGUUGACUAAUUUGCUAAUUGCUAUUUUUUUAUUGGUAUGUGAAUGCCUGCUAUUAAGCCAACACUGGUAACUAAUGAGAAAGGCAGAAAUAUGGUCAAAUGUGACCUCGUCCUCUACAAAUGUAUACCCCUAUAUAAUUGCUGAGGAAAGACAAUUAAGUGAUGGUGCAACCUUUAAACAAUCAUAUAAAACCCAGGCCAUUAUACAAACUUUAGAAAGAUCUUGGGCAAUAUAACUGCCUGUGGUCGGCUAUGUCCCUGACUCUCUGAGUGCACGAAUUAAAAAAUUAUGUAUUAUAAUAAUCUUUGAAUUGUUAUAAUACACAAAAAAAUCUGUAUUAUAUUGUAUACAAUAAAUUGUAUCAAU